AUGACAACCAUCAACAAAGUGACGGUACAUCUCACUGCCAUUCAAGAGCGUCUGACUUCGUUGGAGCGCUAUGUAGACGAUCUUGAGAGAGUAAAGCGCGUAAAAAAGCAUCUUGAGCGUGAGAAACUGACCAGUGCCGUACUUAAGACGACACCCAGCGACUAUUAUUCAUGGAGAAACUAUCUAGGCUGUGCGAUUCCGCACCUAUGCAAGAGUAUUAUCAUGGAAAAUGUCGCAUAUCUCGACAAUAAUGUCGAGGAUUCGCUAAAUAGUCGCUAUUACUGUGUGGUGGUGCAGUACAAUUCCAAGCUCGAUGCAGAACAAUUGCGACGCUUUGUGCGUAACAAUAUACCGGAACCGGACCGUCCGUCGAAGAAGAAAUUCAAUUUUCAGCACGCCUCAAGUGAGAUGUCGGAGAAAUUAACGGGUUUUGGACACAAUGGAGUGUCUACGUUUGGCAUGAAGACACCCAUCCCGGUGAUUAUAGCGGGGAAUAUUGCUGCUCUGAAAUCGUCGUUUCUAUGGCUUGGUGGAGGUGCAGAGCAUGUAAAGCUGCGUAUCAGUGUGCAGGAUAUGGUGAGGGUCUUGGGAGCACGUGUAGCUGACGGCAUUACGACGCUCCGAACCGACUUGAACAACAACUGA